AUGGCUUUAAUAAGAAAUGAUUCUUUCCCUUCUGUUAAAUCGGAACUUGAUUUAUUUCUCAUGCCUCCAACACAAACUGCUAUAGAAAAAGGACAGUGGUCAGAGUAUCACCCCAUAUCGAACAUUCAUGAUGGCCUCCCAAUCGAAUUUAAUAUAUCGGGGACUUCAGAGGAGUAUUUGGAUUUAAGUGCUACGCAACUGUAUGUUAAAGUAAAAGUUUUAAAAGAUAAUAAACCUCUACCUGAAAAUGAGAAAAUUUCUCCGUGCAAUUUAUUUUUCCAUUCUCUUUUUUCUCAAGUGGAUGUAAUGUUGAAUGAUCGUACUAUCACUUCUUCGAACUAUAAGAAAAGUUUUUUAACCUCUGAAUGCUUUUACAAAGAUACCGCUGGUCAUCUCGACGAGACCGACCCAUCAAAAGAAAACGAAGGAUUGAAAAAGCGUUCCUCAAUGAUUGCUAAGGGAAAGGUAUUAGAAAUGAUCGGAAACUUACAUUGCGAUCUUUUCUAUCAAGACAGACUGUUAUUAAACAUGAUUGAUCUAAAACUGAAGCUCAUUAGAAAUAAACCGGAGUUUUGUCUCAUAUCUCCCGAAAAUGCAAAGUAUCAAAUAGCUAUCGAGCAUGCAUCUUUGUUUGUGCGUAAAGUUAAAGUUAGUCCAGGUGUGUUAUUAGGUCAUGCAAAAGCCUUAGAAAAAACAACAGCUAAAUAUCCUAUAGACAGAGUACUAUGUAAAAUGUACUCUAUUCCUGCUGGCUCAUUUUCCUUUUCUCAAGACAACGUUUUCCUAGGACAGCUUCCGAAAAGAUUGGUUUUAGCCUGUGUGGAUAACGACGCAUUCAACGGCACUUAUACUACUAACCCUUUUAAUUUUAAACACAAUGAUGUGAAUUUCAUAGGUGUUUACGUUGACGGAAAUCCUGUGUGUCACAAACCUUUAACUCCGAAUUACGAAGAUGAUCAGUACAUUCGUUCUUACAACAGUUUACUCUUAGGAAGUGAGAGAUUAAGUAGCAAUAAAGGAAUUUACAUAAAUAGAGACGAAUUUUCAAAAGGAUAUACAUUGUAUUCCUUUGAUCUCUCUCCAGACUUAUGUGACGGGAGUUAUCUUAACUUAAUUCGUCAGGGAAAUUUAAGAAUUGAACUGAAGUUUUCAAAACCUCUUCCUAAAACUAUAUCGUUAUUUGUUUAUAGCGAGUUUAAUUCUAUUAUCGAGGUGACGAAGAGUCGUUCUGUUAUAUGUGAUUUCUCAGUAUGA